AUUGGCCCGCACUCUUCCUUGUUUGGCGUACAGCUGGACCAGACAGAAACGGGUCUUCCGAGCCGCGACUACUACAUUCGCGGGACGCAGCAAGUGGAGGCCUACCUGCGUUUCAUGGUCUCCGUAGCUCAGCUGCUGGGAGCUAACCGGACGACGGCCAUGCGGGACAUGGAGGACGCCCUCAUGUUAGAAGCCAAGCUCACCAACCUGACUGAACCGAGCGAGAUGCGGCGCAACUUCACCGCCAUGUACAACAAGUGGACGGUAGAGCAGCUUCAGACGAAGAUCCCUCUGAUUAACUGGACGCACUACUUCAAAGUGGUCAUGCCCAUGGAAAUACCGCCUACGGAAGAAGUUGUCAUCUACGCACCGAGGUACAUCAAGCAGAUGUCCGAGCUUCUACACUCCACUCCCAAAAGGGUCGUGGCUAACUACAUCCUCUGGCGCUUCAUCUCGAAGCUGGUGGGCAGCCUAGACAAGAGGUUCGUGGACAAGCAGCAGGAGUACUACGGCGCCAUCUACGGCACCCAGUCGACUCCUCCGCGUUGGAAGAGCUGCACGCUUCUCGUCAACAAGAAGAUGGGCAUGGCCGUCGGAGCUCUCUUCGUGCGCCGACACUUCAACGACCAGAGCAAAAAGAAGGCCGAGGAAAUGAUUAAUGACAUCAAGGCAGCCUUCUUGGAAAUCCUCAUGAACGUUGACUGGAUGGACAAAGAGACCCGAGAAGUGGCCAGGAAAAAGGCCGAGUUUAUGACUCAGAAGAUAGGCUACCCUGAAUUCAUAUCAACACCAGAAGAACUGGAUAAAGAAUACGAGGUAGAGUUCAGACCCGAUACGUACUUCGAAAACAUCAUCAAGAGCCUUCGCCACAGCGCACUGAAGAUAGAAAUGAAGCUCAGGAACGGCGUGGACAAAAACGAGUGGAUCACCUAUCCCGCUGUCGUCAAUGCCUUCUACACGAGAUCGAAGAACUUCAUCAGCUUUCCGGCCGGAGUACUGCAGCCACCUCUCUACCACCAGCAUUACCCCAAGUCUGUCAAUUACGGUGGCAUCGGUGUUGUCAUCGGUCACGAGAUAACCCACGGCUUCGACGACAAGGGACGUCAGUUCGACGAACACGGCAACCUGAAGCAGUGGUGGAAACCUGAGGCGCUCAAGUUGUUUCACUCCAAGGCGCAAUGCAUGAUCGAUCAGUACAGCCGAUACGUUUUGCCUGAAGUCAACAUGGCCGUCAACGGUGUAAAUACCCAAGGUGAAAACAUCGCUGACAACGGAGGCGUCAAGCAAGCGUUCAAGGCGUACAAGAGCAGCGUGGAGCGCUGGGGUCCCGAACCGCACCUGCCGGGCCUGAACCUGACGCACGACCAGCUCUUCUUCCUCACUUACGCCCAGAUCUGGUGCGGCACCACGAGGCCAGAGCACGCCGUCAACACCAUCCGCACGGGAAACCACAGCCCGGGACGCUUCAGAGUGAUCGGCGUGGUGUCCAACUCCGUCGACUUCGCCAAGGCCUACCACUGCAAACCUGGCAGUCCCAUGAACCCAACGAAGAAGUGCGUCGUCUGGUAGAAGA